GACAUAAGGAAGUAUCCCUUCAACCAUUUUCUUUUCAACUUCACCGGUUAAAAACGGUGUACAUGUGCUUUGUUAACAAAUUUUAGAUAAGGUAUUAAAUUAAUAAUAAAACUAGAACGUUGAUUCAUAACCAAUAGAAGUUCUAAAAUACAUCCAAAAUGAAUACUGAAAAGUUGAAAAAACUACAAUCACAAGUACGUAUUGGUGGAAAGGGUACUCCAAGGCGUAAGAAGAAGGUGGUACAUUCUACACAAGCUACUGACGAUAAGAAAUUACAGUCGUCGCUCAAAAAGCUUUCAGUAAAUACAAUUCCAGGCAUCGAAGAAGUGAAUAUGAUUAAAGAAGAUGGUACAGUGAUACAUUUUAAUAAUCCCAAGACGCAAGCUUCAUUAGCUGCAAAUACUUUCGCUAUUACUGGACAUGGGGAAAAUAAACAGAUCACAGAUAUGCUACCUGGUAUAUUGAGUCAGUUGGGGCCAGAAGGCAUCACUCAACUCAAGAGACUAGCGAAUACAGUUGCUAAUGCGGGUGGUGUUGGUAAAAUAGUUCCUGAAGAUGAGGAAGAUGUGCCAGAUUUAGUAGAAAAUUUUGACGAAGCAUCAAAAGCAGAAGUGACGAAGAAAGAAGGAGAAGAAAAACCCAAAGAAAACUAAAAAUUGAUCGAGAAGUGUGUUUAUUUGUUAGUAAAGAAACCGUUUCGGCAUUGUUUUCUUGGUCUCGAUUUUUAGUUUUUACAUUGCAGAGAUAAAGCAUGUUUUUUGAUAUUUAUGUGUUGAAUCAUUGAAACUAACCCAACAAUUUUUGUUGACAUUUGGGCAUAUGUAUAGAAUAUUUCAUAGGAAAUACAUAAAUAUUCUAAUA